AUUUAUCCUGACAUGGCAACCCAUGGAUGGACGGAUGGAUGUGUUCUCGUUUGGGAAAGCGUUUGUGUGUGCUGCUGCUUUUAGUUUCGAUUACCGUAGAUAUAGGUUUUCAAGGUGACGGUCAACAUUGGGAUAUAUUUGCUGGAUAUAAUAAAUAUGGUGAAAGGACUUUUCGAAUUUCUGACACUCGGUGUGUUGGUGUUUACAGGUGGUCCUACACAUGCCUCCUUUCCUCUUGAGCUCAACCCUCCCAGAGUGGUGGUGAGAUAUGGAGACUCAGUCUCAGUUAACUGCAGCACAUCAUCCACAGACCAUGAGGGGAUGGGCUGGGAGGCCACAUUCGGAGGUACAGAUUCUAAACAAAAUGUCAGCAUUGUCACCUGGACUGUGGAUAACCUUACUGAUUGGACAAUAGAACCUAUAUGCUACAUGACUCUCAUUGACGGCAAACAACCCUCAAAAGUACUUCCAGUCAUUCUCUACAAGCCUCCAGACAGCGUCUCCAUCUCUGUUCUGAGACACUCUGGUCCCAUGUUGGAGGGGACAGAGUACCAGCUGCAGUGUGACAUCCAGAACAUGGCUCCUCUACAGAACCUGGUUGUGAAGUGGUACAAAGGGAAUGAACCCUUAGAUAAAUUAACUUACAGUAACGUCAGUAAGAGACCAGUGGAUGUGUCAGCUACUCUGUUGAUCAGCCCCAGUAGACAUGAUGAUGGAGCUCAGUAUAGAUGUAGAGCAGAACUGGACCUGGGACCAGAGGGACCACAACCCCAUCCUACAGUAACAUCAGAACCUCUUGAUUUCACCGUAUUCUACCCCCCAACCUUUUCCAGACCUGAAGCUGAGACCCUGGACAUCGGAGUGGGGGAGGAAAUCACCUUAAACUGCACGGCUACUGGAAGGCCCACUCCUCUGUACAGCUGGCAGUCUUCACAUGUCAAAGAAGCUAUUUUCUCCCCCCCGUCCGAGGUCCCAGGAACCUACACCUGCACUGCCUCCAAUCAGAUAGGCAAGAUCAGCAAGACAUUCACUGUGAAUCCCAAACCUGAAGGGGGCAGCACAACAUUCUGGGUCAUCAUAGGAUUGGGCCUGUGCCUGGCCGUUGUGAUCGUGAUUGUCUAUGUCGUUGUCAAACACAGAGCAGGUCCCAACUCCAUCAUCUGACCAGGCCAGAGGAAGAGAAUUUCUAUCGCCAGUGUGACCAGCAGGACUUCCUCAACAGACAUUGUAUGAAUAAGAAUGAUUGUUUAUUGAAUUAAUAUGAUGGAUGGCUUCAAUCCUGCAUGGCUUAUAAAUCCAAAGAGUGCUUUCUAUUAGCCUACUCCAAACAAUAGCUUUGUGCCAUUUGUAUGUGGUGUUGUUUUGAAUGUGUCUUGGGCUGUGUCUGUGUGAGCAUGUUGCGCGACACUACAAAGCAUUAAUUCACAUGCAUGUGUGUCCUGUUUUAUUAUUCGUUUUAUAAUCAAGCAUGUCUGAAUGUAGUCUCUCUUCUCUCAGCCAGUGUGUCUCUGUCAUGCAGGUAAAGCGGCUGGGAAAACAGGCUAGCCUGAUCACUGUAGUCUGUACAAUAGUGCUCAAUAGUGCUCUAAGGCAGGGAUUCCCAGUACAAAAAAAAAAAUGCAUGAAAUGAAAUGAAAUGAAAUGAAAUGUAUGAAUUCACUACUGUAAGUCGCUCUGGAUAAGAGCGUCUGCUAAAUGACUAAAAUGUAAAAAAUGUAAAAAAUGUCUGAUGACAGCACCAAGUGAUCUUAUGUGACUGUACAAUGAGAAAUGAGCCAUGCAAUGCAUCACUUCCUGUCUAAUGCUUUUUUUUCUUGUUGCUCUAAAAUGGUGAUACCAGAACCUUUUAACCAAUUUAAGUUUGCUAUUCCAAGAGCCACAGGUUGCUUCUCUUCACUAUUGCUUAUUUUGUUCUCUGCCCACACUCUUCCACUUUAUCUCUCUAUUUUACCGUCACAGCAUUGUCGUCAGUAUUGUCAGUAUGUUUGAUGAUAGGUUUAAUCGUUUGUCUUUCACUUUCUCAACCUGUGGACCAUAGGGAAGCGAACAUGCAUACCGACAUGAAUCCCAUGGACACAGUCUCAGGGCUGUGAGGAGAGAAAGGCCACUAAUGUGUUUUACCUAUCUCAGGGAUUUUAAUAGGCUACACAGUCAUAUCUCACCAUAGGUGGCUCACAUGGUCCUUUAAGAUGUUGCUAUACUGUGUGUUAGUAGAAACAAUUCUCUGUUUUGACGAGUGGAGUGGCACAGUCCUUCAAUCGUUGUCUUUUUUUGUUGAAUCACAAUCAGAAUUUUGUGUUUAUUUUUUAUUACAAUUUUAAAACAAAUUCAUGGUAGAUAUUUCAAGGUAUGGUUACAGUGGUAAGUGCAAAGUAUGUUCAGUUCACGUUGCACAGGGCUGGAAUAGCAUUGGUACAGUUGAAAUGGUGCUUGUACGGUGCACAGAACACUAUUUGAGUUGCACUAUGUAAACUAGCUUUUUGCAUGCGAUGUUCGUAUAUUGUGUCGCUAACUAAUUAUGUGUAUAUUGUCCAUUUUAUUUCAGCACUGAAUGUUGUUAUAUGCUCUCUUUCACAGUCACUAACACUCAUUCUCUGAUUUAUUUAGACAUUUCUGUCAGCUUGUUUAUAUGACCUGUGAUGUGUGUUUCCAUCUGACUGCUCUUCCGUUCAGACAUUUAGUUCUCUCUUCGGAAUGUGAAUACUGUCAGGCUCAGCAUUGUGUCAGAGAUUCAGUCUCAGGCGGUGUUCUACUGCAACCUAUUUAGGUGUCUUUCAUUUCCAUUUCAAUAGUGCUGCAACGUUGGUUGAAAGUUUUGCAUCGACAAUGCAGGUGAUGUUUACCGUGCAUACACAGCAUUCACUGUCCAACAUCAACCAGCUAUGCUCAUUGAGUUAACGUUUUGAAACGAUCAGUCUUUCACUGUGACAUGUUCCUCUACUGUCUUUUGUAUGGCAUUUCUCUCAUACAUUACUGUAACACUGACACAUCCAUACUAAUCACUACAAACUAAGGUCCAUGUAAAGCGAAGCAUGAACGUCCAUCUGUUAUCCUGCCUACGGUGGCUCAAAUAAAUACUUCCUUUUAAAAA